AGCCGCACUUGUAGCGAGCACUCUUCAAAAAGUUUCGACAGAACCGGACCGCUGUAAACAUUUAAACGCUCGAAACUCGAAACGAAACGCCGUUAAUAAACGCGAAUUAAAUGCAAAUUAAAGUCAGCUUCUCAUGACGACUGCUACUGGUUGCGGGCGAGUGCAAGGCGCAUGUUUCUCUCCACGAAAAAAGUGCUGAACCGAAAGACUAAAAAAAGUUCUAAAAAUAGCCACGGUGCGUAGCCCACGCCCACAGAGUCGUCAACCUGGCUGGGAGUAGCAGCCUCACCAUUGACCGCCCUAACAAGCACCACCAAAAGACUGAAACGCCGUCCAGCCAGCGAGCAAAGGGAAGAAAGAAGAUGGCCAGCACCGGCGAGAUCUGGUUGCAGUGGUUCUCCUGCUGCUUCCAGCAGCAGCGCUCCCCCUCCCGCCGCCCACACCAACGCCUGCGCAUCGACCGGUCCAUGAUCGGCAAUCCCACCAACUUCGUCCACACGGGCCACAUCGGAUCGGCGGACGUGGAGCUGUCGGCCAACCGCCUCAACGCGAUCUCAACCCAGAUGCAGAGCAAGGGCGGCUACGAGACCAACUCGAUACACUCGCUGCAUGCCUGCUGAUGGAAGCCCCCAAUCACCUCGCUACAUCCCCCCAUCCCCGCUAUAGAAUGCAUCUCGUGCAAUUUGGUUUCACCGAAGGGAGCGGAGCAGCAUAAAAACCUUUUACAUUCUUUGUUGUGGCGUGUUAUCAGGCCAAGAUGGCAAAAACAAGUGGGCGGGGCAAAAGGUGCACAGUGCUGGAAGUCACAGGGGAUUUUGAAUAAAGCACAUUUGAAUUAGGAUCCAGAUAGAAACCAGACGGACACCCGACAACGGAUUGCAUUCCGACUUAGAUCCGCGGGCGCAUUGUGUUCCAAGUACAGAAUUUGCGUUUAUUUGCUUUUUGUGAGUAUUAGCUAAAUGAAAAAUCGCAAAAAGAGUGCCAACCGACUAAAACCAAUCAACACUUAAGCCUAAAACUACAAAUAUAUAUACAUAUACAAAGUCAGUUGGGACAUUACGUAACAUUUUUUUAAAUGUACUUAAUGCCAAACAAAUCAAGAUGGAACCACCAGUUGAGUUCCUAUCCAUAAUAAUUUACAUUUCCAAAGCCCAUUUUAGAGCGCGAGUAAUGUUUAAUAUUUAAUAUUCUCUUACGAAAACUGCCUUAUAAUCAGUUGCACAACCAACAAAAAAUAGUCUGACGUAUGAUAUUUGGCUGAAAUGGUGCAACUAGCGAAUCUUAUUUUACAAAAGCUGACUUAGCAUUUACACAAAGUUUUUGACUGUUUACGGAAAACUGUCGCACAAUCACAUUCAACACACAAAGUAAUCAUGAUAUUUUCUCCAUUCGAAUAUUUGUAAACCCUUUUAUAGGAUAAGAUCGGCAGCAGACUGGAUGGCAUGGUUUUUAGGCAAGUGACAAUUCAAGCGUAGAUUGACGAGUACCUUUGUAGAAACCCACAUCAAGAAUAAGAAAUAUAUACAUAUUUGUAAAAUCAAAUGCCGUUGUAGAUAACACAGAAAAGAGUUUAAACAUGCGUUGGGUUUUAAGCAUAUAGACUAAUUGUAUAAACAAAUAUUUAAGCAAUAAUUUAUGGAAAUAUAUGUAUACCUAUAUAUUUUAAAAGCAACAAGCCGUAAA